AUGCAGGAACAGCUCAUGAACGCCCACCUUGCUUACCUCGUUAACCGCACUAAUGUGCUCGACGAGUAUACUUGGGAACGCGACAAAGUCUACUCGGAAUUCGGAAACCACCUCAUCCCGUCUCGAAUACCCAUGACCGCGCUCGUCUCAGGCCCAUUAGGCAGGUCUCCUUUCCCCGGUGGCACGCCCUCGGUCGGCAAACCCUUCUUCGACAAAGUAUGCCCCGUCUCGGAACGCACAAUCCUCCGAAGCAGCGACUUAUCCGACCAUCUACAAGGAGCGAGCGCGUUGACGGUUGCGGAGGCGUGGGCAGAGAGGAUCAGGGGGAUAGAGGGGAGAUGUGUGGAGGUUGACAUUGAGGGAUUUCAGAUAUUCAAUUUUUUCUUGUUCGGCAGUGCUCACCAUCUCCUCCCCAUCUGGCCAUCGUACUCCGAAUCUCCCAGCCUCACCCAAUUCCGAUGGUCUCCGCUCAUCACCAACGCCUUGGUUAAGAACCGGGACCUCAUCCAUCCCGAUAUCAUUCAUACUUCCUACUUGGGACUGCGGGAAGAGGAGGUGAAGCCGUUGAAGGGGCUGUUGGCGUUACAUAUCAGGAGAGGAGACUAUGAGGAACAUUGUCGGAAUUUGGAGGGUUGGGGGUCGAGGUAUCAAGGCUUUAACGAAUUCCCUGAGUUCUUAGACCACUUCGAUCCCGACUCGUCAGGAAACCGAACGGCGGCUUAUCUCGAACACUGCUAUCCCUCCAUCCCCCAAAUCCUCGCCCGCGUCCAUUUUAUCCGCCGCGAAUAUGAAUCCCUUCCUCAUCCACAUCCACCCCUCCCACUGUCCUCCGCAUCUUUCUUCCCGCUCCGUAGACUCGAUAGAGUGUACAUGUUGACGAAUGGGAAGGGAGAGUGGUUGGAGGAGUUGACGCGGGGAUUGGAGGGGCUAGGUGGGUGGGUUGAUGAGGAGCCUAUAAGGACGAGUAGGGAUUUGGGAAGGAGGUUGGGGAAGGAGGAGAGGGGUGUGGCGCAGGCGGUGGAUAUGGCGAUUGCGCAGAGGGCGGAGGUGUUUGUUGGGAAUGGGUUCUCGAGUUUGACGUCGAACGUGAACACGCUACGGAUGGCUCAACAGAAGGCGAGGCCAGAGAGUAUGCGGUUCUGGUGA